AUGGUGUCCUUUCGCCGCUCUGCGCUCGCGGCCCUGGGCUACGCCGCCACGCUGCUGCCCGCCGUCGAUGCCUCGCGCGUUCUCGUCUCCAACUCGCUCAACAGUUGUUCUGCCGCGUCUGGCUUUACCGCCAGUCUUUUCAACGUCAAGUAUGAUGCCGACACUGGUUUCGCCGAGAUUAGCAUGACCGCCACCUCGACCAUUUCCGGCAAGGUCAUGUUCUACGUCACCGUCGCGGCCUAUGGCUAUCCCAUUAUCGACAACAGGGCUAUCGACCCUUGCACCGUCGAGGAACUCAAGGGCAUGUGCCCCAUGCAGGUCGGAAAGCCGCCCAAUGAGUUCCGUCUCGACAUUGGCAAGAGUGUCCCUAUCCCCGGCAUCGCAUUUGCUAUUCCCGAUCUCGAUGCCACCGCCAAGGUCCACAUUAUGCUCGGCGACGAUGAGGUUGCUUGCCUCGAGGCCAACGUUUCCAACCAAAAGACCGUCGACACCAUCGGCGUCAAGUGGGCCACCGCCAUCAUUGCCUUCCUCGCCCUCAUCUCCUCGGCCGUCCUCAACAGCCUUGGUCACGCCAAUGCCGCCUCUCACGUUGCCGCCAACUCCCUCUCCCUCUUUGGCUACUUCCAGAGCCAGGCUAUGAUUGGUUUGACCGCCGUCAAGCUUCCUCCCAUUGUUCGCGCCUGGACUCAGGACUUCCAGUGGACCAUGGGCAUCAUCAGACUCGGUUUCAUGCAGGACAUCUUCACCUGGUAUCAACGCGCCACUGGUGGCACGCCUUCCACCAUCCUCGACUCCAUCCGCACAUACUCGGUCCAGGUUCAGAAGCGUGGUCUCCAACUCGCGAGCCGUGGGCUCGACUUGCUACCCGAAAAGGUUGCUACUCUCGCCCGCCGUGGCAACAUCAAGACCGGCUCCGGAACCUACCUCGUCUAUGGUAUCCAGCGUGUCGCCUUUCGCUCCAAGAUUGAAUCAACCAACCUCUUCAUGACCAGUCUUACCUGGUUCUGCGUGCUCGUCAUCUUUACCUCUCUCGUUGUCGCCGCCUACAAGGGCAUUCUCGAGCUCCUGGCCAAAAAGGGCACCGUCAAGGGUGAUCGCUUCCUGGAGUUCCGCAACGGCUGGAUUACCGUCCUCAAAGGCAUCAUCUUCCGCCUCACUCUCCUCGGCUUCCCCCUGGUUACCGUCUUUUGUCUUUGGGAGUUCACCCAGGCAGAUUCUGCCGCCGAGGUCGUCCUAGCCGUCUUCUUCCUGCUCGCUACCAUCAGCACUUUGGCUUUCGGCACCUGGAAGGUCAUCAGCAUCGCUCGCCGCUCCAUCAGCCACCACAGCAACCCUGCUUACAUCUUGUUUGCCGACCCUAACGUCAUCAACAAAUGGGGUUUUCUCUAUAUUCAAUUCAAGGCCUCGUCUCACUACUUCAUUGCGCCGAUGCUCGCUUACACCUUCCUCAAGGCUCUUUUUGUCGCUACUGCCCAGAAGAGCGGAAUCACCCAGGCUGUUGCUUUCAUCGUCCUCGAAGCCGGCGCUCUUAUUGGUGCGAGUGUUAUCCGCCCAUGGAUGGACAAGCCGACCAACACCUUUAACAUCAUGAUUUGCGUCGUCAACUUUAUCAACGCCAUCUGCCUGCUCAUCUACACCAACGUCUUUGAUGCGCCCGCUCUUGUCGUCGGUAUCUUUGGUGUUAUCCUCUUCAUCCUCAACGCCGCCUUCUCCCUAGUCCUCCUGCUCAUGGUCAUCAUCUCGACCGCAUUUGCAGUCUUCCGCAAGAACCCCGACUCGCGUUACCAGUACAUGGGCGACGAUCGUGCUUCCUUCAUGAAGUCCAACACCCAGCUCGACAAGUCGAACCAGCUUGAUGACCUCGCUGCCGUCGCUCGCGGCGACAACAAGUCGCGCAUGUUUGACGAGGAGGAGUUCGAGGCCAAGCCUCACAGCCACGUUCUGGGCUCUCUCAACAACCAGUCCCAGCGCUCCUUUGGCCGCCAUUCAUCAUCACCUUCGGUGUCAGGUGGACGCCCAAGCCCAAGCUUGGACCCCAAUGGCCCUACCCGCCAGGCGCGAUCGCAAAAUUCUGGCAGCCCCUGGCAGCGCGGAGCCGGCUACGACAACUAA